GUUCUAGCAGAGAAGAGGAGAGGAGAGGGGGGAGGAGUCAUGCCGAAAAAAUCAAAGAAAGGUGGAGGAGGUAAAGAUGGAGGGAGGACGGAGGGCGAGAGGCUGCUGUUCCAGCAGCAGAGAGCUCAGGCGGAGGAGGAGAUGGCCAAAAAGAAAGAGGAGAUGCUCACUCUGUUUCUGAAGGACAAGCUGCAGAAGGAGGAGAGGAACACGGCGGUGAAUCUGCUGAAGCUGAACGACGGCUGGAGGUCGAUCCUCCGUCAGACUCGCUCCAAUGAGCUGCGUAAAGACAUCGUGGUGAUGCAGCAGAGUUUUGAGAGGCAGCUGGACGCGCUGGACAACAUCACCAAGAACCUGUUGCGCGACCUGCAGGAGUCGGAGCGUCAGUCGGCUCAGGUGCAUCGGGCUCACCUGCAGCGGGUGGAGAGUCUGUGGGCUCAGCAGGACAAACGGCUGAUGUUCCUCCACCAGCGGUGGGAGGGCGGCCUGCAGCAGCUCAGCUCCACCUACAACUCUGACAAGAAGCAGAUGUUGGAGCACUUUAGGAAGCUGAGAGCUGAGGUGGAGGACGCCGAGUUCACUCUGCGGAAACAGCACGAAGAAACGACGAGUGAGCUGCACAAAGUGUACGGCGCCAGCAUUAGCGCCUACAAUGACACCUCUACCGAGAAAAUUGCCAUUCUUCGGAACAGCAAGAUGAGGCUGGAUGAGGAAACGUUGAAGCAGCGGCGGGCCGAGGAGUGCUGCAGAAAAGACACCAUGACGGUGGAGCACCUGCAGUACAUAAACCGGGGCUUCGUCCAGUCCACAGAGACCAGCGUGAAGGAUGAGAAAAUGCUGAAGGACUCUGUGGUCCGGCUGAAGGAGAAGCUGAGCUCCAGUAAAAAAGAACAUAAGGGCGUGGAGCUGGACCUGCUUGCCGCUGCAGACCAGGUGAAGCACAGCACCCACCAGCUCCGGGACCAGCUCAAGCAUUCUCAGAAGGUGGCAAGGAAGCAGCUCACCGACCUCACUGUGCAGAGCGACAACGCCGCCAAGAAACUGCGGGCAGUUAUCGCCAAGGGCGAGAAAGUUUUACGAGUCGCUGAAAUGUGUCGCAGACUGGAGAGCAAAGUCCUGCUGACACCGCCAUCAGAUAAACCCCGACAGGAGCCGGACUCAGAGGGACCUGCAGAGGUGUCCCCCGAGCCGCGUCACGUGACUCGCUGCCCCACCUCAGCCGUGCUGCAGCGAGAAGCUCUGAAGAGACACAAAGACGACCUGAGCGCAGAGAACCAGCAGCUGAGGCUCCUCCUGCGUCAGCACCUGGACGGCAUGACGGUCAGCGAGCAGCACAUGGACCAACGCCACGCCCUGCUCACAGUGUAUCCCGCCCCCACUGCCACGGCCCCGCCCGACACCAGGAGAUGCCACACGGUCAUUGAGGCCGUUCACGCCGUCAAACACUCGCUGAGAUGAGACCGCAAGACGGACACUCUGGAUUAUAAAAUGAAAGUUUUCAUAAAGAGCAGACGAUGAAUCUGCAAACAGGAAACAAUGUUUUCUGUGUUCAUCAGCAAGAACGACUUUCUGACCUUUAAUGAUCCUCCCCCAACCAAACCAGGAAGAGAGUGAGAGGGUGAGAGAGAGAGAGUGUGAAGGUGAGAGAGAGGGACUGAGUGAGAGAGAGAGCGCGUGAGGGUCAGAAGGACAGUGUGUAAGAGCAAG